AUGGGAUGCAGCGCUGUACAGCAGCAAACAGCAGGCGCCACUACCCAAGGACAGUGCACGACGCAAACGCAACCUCAAACGAUGGCACCGUCCGCGGCCAGCACGAUCGUGAUCGUGCGGCAGGUUCCUAACCCGCCAUCACAAGAAUCCGCCAAUCCGCCACUACCACCCCCGCCACCACCACCACCAUCGUCGCUACCUCAGCCCAAGAGUCUGAAAACGAGUCACAGUGCGCUGGUGAAAAUUCUCGAAUCCGCACCACUCAACGCUGUGAAAUCAACCACCACCCCCAGCGGCACCACACCCCCGGCCACCCCCCAACCGGUGGUGGCCCUCACGCCGAAGAUUGAUUUUUGUCCGUGGAAAAAGACAACGAUCGCCAAAGAAUGGUUGAGCGCGCAGGGUGGCGCGGGGAAGCAGCGGGAGGAGUCGGUAGUGCCACCGUCCGUGGUGGUGUUGGCACCCCGGUUAGCGGGUGACGAACAGCCACAGCAGCAGCAUCCGGACGAACAGCAGCGUGUAGUCAUUUGUGCCAUCGAAAAGAAGGAGCAGCAGCAGGACCCGAUCGCCAUGGAAGAGGAUGAAGCGAUCGAGGCUGGAUGUGAGGAGGAAGAGGAGGAAGAGGAGGAGGACGUGGAGCUAGAGGAGCGGUUGGCAAGCAAAAAGGCGCGCAGUUCGAGCAGUUCGAGCAGUUUGUGCAGUAGCAGCGGUAACAGUUCCUGCCGCAGCCGGGAAUCGUCCCUUUCGUCGGCGGCCUCCCCAGAGCCGAACAGCAGCGGCGAUGAGAGCAGCAGCAGCAGCAGCGGCCUAUCGUCCGGCGAGCGUUCGUCGUCCUCCACGUCCUCCUGCUCCUGCACCUGCUCAUCCGAUCAUCUCAUCAACGAUCUCUGCCAGCAGUUUGAGGAGAACCUCUGCGAAGAUCACGGUUUCUUCCGGCGAUCGAUACAGCAGAAGAUCCAGUACCGACCGUGCACGAAAAAUCAGCAGUGCAGCAUACUGCGAAUAAACCGCAACCGCUGCCAGUACUGCCGAUUGAAGAAGUGCAUCGCCGUCGGCAUGAGUCGUGACGAUAAAGGCUUGAGUAAAUAG